CAUCUUUUUUGUAUAAAAAUCCCACACGCCGGCAUUGGAGCAUUUACUCCGAAAAAAACAUUUUUAUCUGUUUGUUUAAUUUUUUAAAAAUCCUGACAAACUGUUCUUAUCAGUUUUAUAAUCUUCAGUUUAAGCUCAUUGAUAUAUAGAGAAUCUCAUCAAUUCAACAACAUGCCUGAAUAUAAAGUUGCUAACAUUUCCUUAUCCGAAUGGGGACGAAAAGAAAUAACUCUUGCUGAAAAUGAAAUGCCCGGAUUAAUGGCAUUAAGGGCAAAAUAUGGAAAAGAAAAAAUUUUAAAAGGAGCACGAAUUGCUGGUUGUCUUCACAUGACUGUACAAACUGCUGUUUUAAUAGAGACAUUAGUUGAACUUGGAGCAAAGGUGAGAUGGUCUUCCUGUAAUAUUUUCAGUACUCAGGAUCAUGCAGCUGCUGCAAUAGCAAAAGCCGGUGUUCCAGUUUAUGCUUGGAAAGGUGAAACUGAGGAAGAAUACAUUUGGUGUAUUGAACAGACACUUCUUUUUGACGAUGGGCAACCAUUGAAUUUAAUUCUUGACGAUGGUGGUGAUUUGACGAAUUUGGUGCAUGAAAAGCAUCCAGAAUAUUUGGAAAAUUGUCGUGGAAUCUCUGAGGAAACAACAACUGGUGUUCACAAUCUUUAUAAAAUGUUUAAGGAGGGUAAACUUCGAGUUCCUGCGAUAAAUGUCAAUGAUUCUGUAACCAAGAGUAAAUUCGACAAUUUGUACGGUUGCCGUGAGUCAUUGAUUGAUGGAAUUAAAAGAGCAACCGAUAUUAUGAUUGCCGGCAAAGUUUGUGUCGUUGCUGGCUACGGAGACGUUGGAAAGGGUUGUGCACAAAGUUUGAGAGCAUUCGGUGGACGAGUUAUUAUUACCGAAAUUGAUCCCAUUAAUGCCCUACAAGCCGCUAUGGAAGGCUAUGAGGUAACUACUAUGGAAGAAGCAAGUCCAAAGGGACAAAUUUACGUGACAACAACAGGUUGUAAGGACAUCAUUACUGGAGAUCACUUUUUAAAUAUGCCCGAUGACUCUAUUGUUUGUAAUAUCGGUCAUUUUGAUUGUGAAAUCGACACAAAAUGGCUCAAUAAAAAUGCCACUGAAAAAGUCAGUAUCAAACCACAAGUUGAUCGUUACACAUUGAGUAACGGAAGACACAUCAUUCUUCUUGCUGAAGGUCGUUUAGUGAAUUUGGGAUGUGCUACUGGACAUUCUAGUUUCGUUAUGAGUAAUUCUUUCACAAAUCAAGUAUUAGCGCAAAUCGAAUUAUGGACAAAGACUGAUUCUUAUCCACUUGGCGUUCACAUGUUGCCCAAAAAGUUGGACGAGGAAGUGGCUGCUUUACAUCUAGCAAAAUUAGGAGUAAAACUAACAAAACUCACUCCUGCUCAAGCGGAAUAUUUAAAUAUUCCCGUGGAGGGACCUUACAAGCCCGAUUAUUAUAGAUAUUAAAUAAAAAAUUCUACGUCACUUCACUUUUUAUCGAAAAAGAACAAAAAUAAAAUUUUUGCAAAUAAAA